GCCGCCAUGGCAUCGGACGAAGGCAAGCUUUUCGUCGGCGGGCUCAGCUUCGACACGAACGAGCAGUCGCUGGAGCAGGUCUUCUCCAAGUACGGGCAGAUCUCCGAAGUCGUGGUCGUGAAAGACCGGGAGACCCAGCGGUCGCGAGGGUUUGGCUUUGUCACCUUCGAGAACAUCGACGACGCCAAGGACGCCAUGAUGGCCAUGAACGGGAAGUCGGUGGACGGGCGGCAGAUCCGGGUAGACCAGGCCGGCAAGUCGUCCGACAACCGGUCCCGUGGGUACCGAGGUGGCUCCGCGGGGGGCCGGGGCUUCUUCCGAGGGGGCCGAGGCCGGGGCCGCGGGUUCUCCAGAGGAGGAGGGGACCGAGGCUACGGGGGGAGCCGGUUCGAGUCGAGGAGUGGGGGCUACGGAGGCUCCAGAGACUACUACAGCAGCCGGAGUCAAGGUGGCGGCUAUGGUGACCGGAGCUCCGGUGGGUCCUACAGAGACAGCUACGACAGUUACGGUAAGUCCUGCUCCGAGGGCACCAGGCUGCGGGGUCUGCGGUGGGGGCUCAGUAAGCCUUGGCGCCCUGUGCGCGCGACGCGCAGACUCUGCCACUGUCCUUGCCCGUAAGGGACAAGACUGCUUUCUGGGUCUCUGUGCCAGCCGCCGUCUCUACUGCAAAGCCAGACUGACUGAGGAGGAAAGGGAGAGUGAGGGCCCCCCCACCCC